CAUCGUUCAAAGGAGAUAUAGCGUUCACUUUAGUCAGUCCAUAGUCCUACUUUGACAUUCAUCGGCGAUUCUUAAAAGUCAUCAAGACAGAUACAGCAACCCAUUCACAUACACAAUGGCCGAAGUAACAGCCGAGGAGGACACACCAUGUCAGGAGAGCAUUAGCAGCCGGCCCUUCAGAUUUCUAGACCUACCCCUAGAACUACGGAACGAGAUCUACGCACACCUCUUUCUCCAACCCGAACCCAUCGACUGCUUCCGAAAAUGGUUCACCACAGCGCCGCGGCAUCUCCGGCGCCGGGCCAACGAGAAAGCGCCGGACUGCUGCGGGUUGAACUACGGGUGCGCGCACUACGACGCGCGCCUGCGGCCGCGCACCAACGUCCUGCGGGCCUGCCGGCAGGUCAGCGAAGAAGCGCUCGACGUCUUGUACGCGCGGAACGCGUUCUGCGUCGAGCUUGAGAGCACCGCGCGCUUCCUGAAGUUUUUUAGUAUCGGUGAGGCGAACCUGCGCCGGAUACAGCUUCUGACGCUCAGCGCCUCGACCGCGUACGACCAGUACCGGAUCGCGCGGCCGUGGGAGACGCAAUGCCAGUUCUUCCGCGCGGCCACGAGCGAGGCGCCGCUCUGGGCGGCGCUGCUAAAUGGCCUGACGACGCUGCUGUUCGUGAUGAAGAUACCAACUUGGGGAUGGCACGGCGCGUGGCCGGUGUGGGUGGCGCAGUUGGAGGGCGUGCUGGGCUUUGUGGGGGAGCACGUGGACGAGGGGACAGAGGUGAUGAUUGACGAUAAUUAUUCGAUGUACUUGUGCGAGGCGGUGGACAGGUGCUUCAAGAAGGGGUUCCGCAGGGUGAGGACUAAAGAGGGAGACGGAUAUUAUUGGAAGAUACGGUUCGAUCCGGAUAAUAUUACGGAGCCGCUGACUACCUAGUUAAUGGAGUGGCUGGGGAUAGAUAGGGAGUAGUCGAUUCCGUGUUUGUCAUUGGAGUGUUGUUAGUUCUUGGCACGUUCUUCAAUAUUGCCCCUUUUUACUUACCCAUCUAGAAAAGGAUACCAAAUACUCUUAUCGAAUAUAUUAAUACAGAAUAAGCGAGUCCCAUUGCAACGUUCAUAUCUCGAUACAUCUUA